CCGCGUAGAGUGGAAUACCGUGGUAUUCAUCUCGGCGCUGUCCGCUUUAUUCGCGCUCGAACCGUAGCGGCGAAUCGACGUCGUAGCGCCAAGUCCCGGUAGUUCUCUCGCCUGUCGUCGUUUCACUUUUACCUUCGUUUUGAGACGAGAACAAAAGAAAGAACGCGCGACCCCGGUUAAAACGACAACGUGUUCCUGUUGCGAACAACAGGACCGCUUUUUUUUUCUGCAGUAAAUUCCAAGUAUUAGGCGUCGCGCGAAAUUAGGGCAAACGGUGAAAGUGACUUUGGACGACAAGCGGUAUCCGCAGGAAUGAAUUUGAUGGUGUGUGGAUUAUAGUGUCGUAAUCUCGUGCCGCCGGACCAUAUCGUCACUUUGCCAACCGUACCGCUAGCAAGUGCAUCAAAGCGUUGAGAGAUGCUUAAGAAAUGGACUCUCCUCGUGUUGACUGCGAUACUUCACUUACACUGCGUGAGACCGUUGGACAACGGUCUUGGGAGGACUCCACCAAUGGGCUGGCUGAGCUGGGAACGAUUCCGUUGCAAUACCGAUUGCAAGAACGACCCUGACAACUGCAUAAGCGAGAAUUUGUUUCGGACAAUGGCGGACAUCGUGGUGAACGAAGGUUACGCGAAUCUGGGGUACGAAUACAUCAACGUCGACGACUGCUGGCUGGAGAAAGAACGAAACACUUAUGGUGAACUUGUACCGGACAGGACCAGAUUUCCGAGAGGAAUGAAAGCUUUGGCGGAUUACGUACAUUCCAAAGGUCUCAAGUUCGGCAUCUACGAGGAUUUCGGCAACUAUACGUGCGCUGGAUACCCGGGUAUCAUCGGGUACCUCCAACAGGACGCCGAAUUGUUCGCGUCGUGGGACGUGGACUACAUCAAGCUGGACAGUUGCUACGCGCAUCCCGUCGAAAUGGACCAGGGCUACGCGGACUUCGGCUACUAUUUGAACCGGACCGGUAGACCGAUGAUAUUUGCGUGCAGUUGGCCCGUUUAUCAGAUUUAUGCAGGUAUGCAGCCGAAUUAUUCAUCGAUAGUCCGGAUUUGUAAUUUAUGGAGGAAUUUCGACGACAUCCAAGACUCGUGGGCCAGCGUUGAAAGCAUCAUCGAUUAUUACGGGAAUAAUCAAGACGCCAUUGUUCCGAACGCUGGUCCGGGACACUGGAACGAUCCAGACAUGCUAAUUAUAGGCAAUUUCGGUCUGAGCUACGAACAAAGCAAAACACAAAUGGCGAUCUGGGCCAUACUAGCGGCCCCUCUGUUAAUGUCCGUUGACUUGAGAACGAUAAGGCCGGAAUACAAGGCCAUACUGCAGAACAAAAAAAUUAUCGCAGUGGAUCAGGAUCCUCUAGGCAUACAAGGCCGAAGGAUAUACAAGCACAAAGGAAUCGAAAUAUGGUCGAGACCUCUGACUCCCCUGUUCCAAAAUUAUUUCUCUUACGCGGUGGCCUUCGUGAACAGGAGAACGGACGGCACACCGUCGGACGUCGCGGUGACGCUUAAAGAACUGGGACUCACUUCACCCACGGGAUAUAGAGUUGAAGAUCUGUACGAGGAUGUAGAUUACGGAAUAUUGUCACCCCAAACAAAAAUAAAAGUUAAAGUGAAUCCGUCUGGGGUUGUAAUUCUUAGAGCGGACGUCCAACCGGAUUUCGACAGACGCUUGUCAUACUACAGUACCACCCAAAAGACCGUCUUUGAUCCAUUGAACCAAAUUUUUAGAGUGAGAAACAAUAAUGAAUUCUAACAGAACGCGGCCAAAUUAAAUAAAUUAUUUUGUAAUUUAGGUCAGUUUUUGUAUAGUUGGUUUUUUAAUAAAUAAAAAAUAAUUCUUA